AUGUUGGACGCCGCCGUUCGCCUUGUGCUGUGCGCGCUUCCAUUGGCUCUGUCUGCUGGCAUCCCAGUCGUCGUCGAAUGGGAAGACAGCAUCGACUCGCAGGCAGAGAACAAACAGGCUCGCGACCUGUCCCUUUCAGAGGUAUCUUCCAUCCUCUUUGCAAGCCCUGCCACGCCGAUGGGGGGUGGGCUUGUUGACCAUCUCGAGGCCACAUCACUGACAGUUGGCCAGAUCCUAGCCAGACUCUUCAGGCGCAUAGAACGACCAUUCUCUAUCCUCCGACUGCCGCCUACUAGCAUACCCAGUCGGCCUUCCAGUGUCAAUCGCCGACUCGGGGGUCAUCACGAGUAUUGCUAUUCACUGCCCAAAACUACGCGCACGGUCACCUCAUCGGCUGUCGAAACACAUCAAUUGGCCAGCAGUGCUUGUUCUCCUCUCAGGCCCUCAUCUGCCCCCGGCGCUGUCAACCAAAGGCGUCAUCGGUCGGCCUGGGCCGGGCUGCACGGUGUCUAUCCAGCCUGGGGAUACAGCGCAACGGUCCGGGUUGGCGGUUAG